CCCUUCCGCGCUCUUUAAAGGGCGCGAGCGCGACGAGGGGUGGCUCGGGGCUCCCAGCUGCAAUAUAUCGCCGGCAACCGGAGCGUUUCUCUCUUCUUCCGAAAUGAGUGGGAAAGGAGACAUUUCCUUAAAAACCAAGCUGCUGAGGACCGACUGCCACUUUACGUGGGGUCUGAGUAAAAAUGACAUCGAUAUCGGUGACCUCCAGCAGAGGAUUGAAGAUGACAUAAAGUACUCUUCAGAGAAGAAAGCAGAACUCAAGUACUUGUUCAGCUUCUUGGCUUUCACAAAGUACCUCCAGGACUUGCCUGAGGAAGCACUGGAGGACUUGAAGAAGGCUGAAGAAGACGUUUAUAAACACAAAAAGGAAGGCUAUCAGAAGAUGCUCGUUGCCACUUAUGGCGACUUUGCCUGGUUGUACUACCACAUGGGUGACUACUCAACAUCCCAGACCUACCUUGCGAAGCUGGAAGACAUUAAGAAGCAAUUUCCUCCAUCUGUCCUUCAAGCAGCUGUCAAUGGGGAGAAAGGAUGGACUUUCCUCAGGUGUUCUUGUAAAAAUUAUGAGAAAGCUAAAGAAUGUUUCCGGAAGGCUCUCGAGGAGGAGCCGGAUGACGGUGAGUGGAACGCUGGCUAUGCUAUCGCGCUCUACCGCACCGAAUGGGACGCCACAAGUGCCGAAGAGUCGCAAGCUGUGAAACAGCUAAGGCGUGCACUGGAGUUGAACCCAGAAGAUGCUCUAAUCAUGGUCCUUUUGGGUCUGAGGCUUUGUGUUUUCAAGAAAAUGAGGGAGGCAGAAGAUCUGGUGGAAAAGGCUUUGGAGAUCUCGCCUGACGACCCGCAUGUGACCCGAUAUGUGGCAAAAUUUUACCGCCAGAGUGGAUCUCUGGAAAAGUCUGUGGCUCUCCUGAAGAAAGCCCUAGAAAAAGCACCAAGCUCUGCAUUUUUACACCAUCAAAUUGCCAUCUGCUACAAGAUCAUGAAGUAUAAUUUGUCCACUAGUGGAGGUCAAGCAAGAAACAGCGCAGAAACAGAACUAGUUCAUCUCAGUGUCUAUCACUUGGAGACGGCCGUCAAUCUCAGGCCAUCUUUCAUUUUCGCCCUGACAGGACUGGCUGCUUCCUUUGCUGAGUGUGGAGAUCUCAGCAGAGCAGAAGAGAUGUUUCAGAAUACAGCUGAACUUGCCAGAGCUAAAAAUGACAAUUUGCAGACCGUCUACCGAUAUUACGGAGACUUCCUCCAGUACCAAAAAAAAUCGGAAUCCCUGGCCAUAAAGCAGUACAUGGAAGGGUCUAAGAUGCAGGCGGACACAAGAGAGGGGAAGAAAUGCAUUUCUAGACUACACAACUUAGCAAGGAAACGCAUUUACAGGAACCCCGAGGAUGGCGAAGCCUUUGGGAUUCUGGGAUACGUUCAUCGAACGAAGGACGAGAAACGUGAAGCUAUAGAGUGCUAUGAGAAGGCACUUUUACUUGAUCUGGAGAACGAAGAGUAUCUCAGCGCCCUCUGUGACCUUCGGCUUUCUCUGGUCUAACCUGCAGUGCGUCAGCAGGUUCUCUGGUCUUCAGAGUUUCCACCUUAAGGUGCGAAUGCCACUCCUGCUAUAGUGUCCUUCAUUUACCCUACAUUUCCCUAGCAAAACAUCCUGCCGCAUAAAUGAGUCAACAUUGUAAAGUCAACUACCUGUCAAGUCACCUUGGACAAAGACACAAGCUGAGUAAUUAUUUGUAAUGUCAGGCGAUCUUCACGUGUGUCGUUCAUUUGCAAAGCAUCCUGUGUAUAUUAUAUUCUCCUGAUCGAUUAAAUGUGCAAUAGAACAUUUAGUACCUUGACUGAUAGAAUGUAUCGGGGGAAUGAAAAUAUGAAUCAAAAGGAGUUAUGAACAGAUAUUGAGGGGGACACUUUAGACUUGAUUCCACACUACAAUGACAUUGCCUCCCAUUUUAUAUUACGUAUUAUAUCAACGUUACUCAUUUCCAGAUAGUGACUGCUGUUGUUAUGAAUACAUUGCACCGUUUUGGAAAUUGUUUUGCACAAGAGUGAAGUGUGUAUUGAAAAUGAAAGCAACCUUGCAUAUGUAUUGUACAAACCACGUA